GGGGGAAUUGCGUCAUCAACAAAACAUGGCGGAUCACUGACCACACGGGAUCCGCUACCCAUUUCAUAUUUUUUAAUGAUACAUUGCGGCUUGUUUAUUCAACAAAGUCGCAUUUUGUUGGAACAGGUUGAAAUGUUUCGUCGGUCAAGAUUCAGCGUUCGCCCCAAUGUCGGCACAGUGGGGAGAACGGCAGCAGCGACGUCUCAGGAGCCCCCAGCAGCAAACCAGGACGCAAGUAAGACGCAAAAAGAACCAAACGAGAGCAAUGAUGCCCCUCAAGCAAACAAGUCGGAUGGGACCCUAUCAGAAAAUGCUCCUGGUGCAGGAGAUGGCAAAGACCAGAAUGGGGAAGGUACCAGCACCUCAGCAUCAGUGCAGAGAAGGAAGCGGUUCUCCAUCAAGCCCAGAGUGGCCCCUGGUCGCCCUCCCACCCUCUCCAGGACCCCCAAAUCCCCCGUCAAAGCAGUCUCUGCGGCUCCUGUAGAUCACGGCUGUUCUGAGCCUGACCUAGAAAAGCCAUCCACAUCUAGUCACACAGCGAAAACACCGGGCCCCCGAGGACUCCAGUCCCCGAGUCGAAGGAGACUCUCUGAAGAUUCAAAGCAGCACAAAAUACAACCAAAGGUCUCUCCUAUCUCCUCUGAGAAACCCGGACCUUCAACCGCUCCUCCGUCUGAGGAGUUGCCAAAACAAACCCAUCCGCCAAUAGACAGCAGCAAACAAGUGGAAAACAUUUCAACGAGUGAGGAGAAGGAAGUUUAUUCAAGGGCGCACGAUAGAAUACCGCCUUCGCUACCAGAUAAAGAAGCUACGGAAAUAUCCGAGAAGGCCAAGACUCUCAUCGCAUCCAAAAGUGCAGUUUCAAUAACCCGAUCAGCGCUGUCCCUCAGCAGACUCCUGAAUGACCCUUCAGAUGUACAUAGAAUGAUAAAGAGCCAGAAGCUGAGAGAGCUGCUGAAACAGGAGCGGACAAAAGAACAGAAACUCAAGAGAGCUAAAUUGCGUCAAAAGGAGUUCACUUUAGAUCCAGCAAAAAUGACCAUGAGAGACCUCAUCUAUUAUCUCCCAACAACCAAUCCAAUGAUGUCCAGUUUAGAAGACCCUGAAGCAGAGGAUGAGACGGUGAUCCCUCCUUUGCCAAGAAGAGAAGAACCAAAAGAGCGAGAACCGGUCCCUGAGGUUCCCCCUGUCAAAGUGCAUUCCAGAGAAGAAGGGGAUGAGGAGGAGGAAGAGGGAGAAGAGGCUGCUGAUGCUGAGGAAGAUCAGGAGGAAUCUCUGAUGGUUCCUCAGGUCAAAGUAGCAGAAGAUGGCUCGCUGAUCAUUGACGAGGAAAGCUUGACGGUGGAAGUCCAGCGAGCCAAAGGGCCGAACCCAGCAUCCGACAGGGACCCCAUCUUUGAAAGAGGCUCCACUACAACUUACUCAAGCUUCAGGAGGUCAACUUACGUCAAACCUUGGACGAUUGAAGAGACAGACAUGUUCUUCCUGGCGGUUAGCAUGGUGGGGACAGACUUUUCAAUGAUUUGUCAACUGUUUCCUCACAGAGGUCGAUCAGAAAUAAAGAACAAGUUCAAAAAAGAAGAGCGAGAAAAUUCUUGGAGGAUUGACAAAGCAUUCAGAGAGAGGCGUAAACUGGACAUAGAGUACUUUUCUAAGCUGCUGGAGAAAAUUUUGGAGUUUCAGAAAGACAAGAAGAAACUCAAGUCUCUCGCUGAGAAGAAUGCCAAGAAGAAGCCCAAAGCAAAGGCCAAGGCCAAAAAAUCAGCAAAGAAUCUGAGUGAUGUGGAGGAAGAGGACGAAGUUCCCGACUUGGAGGAAGGGCAGGAGAAAGAGAACGAGGACCAGUUCAAUGAGGGGGAAACUCCUUCUGAGCUGAAGAAAAAACGCAAAAGAAAGAAAAAAGUAGAGGCCCUGACUGAGGAACCAGAUGAGAAGAAAAACAAAACAGGUGAAGUACCCGAAGACUCAGAGGCAACACUUCCUGAGAGCCACACCAAUUCAGAAAUGUGUGAAAACAUUCCAAAUGUUGACACAGUCAAGGUUACGGGUGUCACGCCAGCUAAGCUCCCACGAGCCAGAGCAUCGCAACCACUGCUGCCUUUGGGCCUGAAGCGAGGGAAAAAGGGGAAAGCUGAAAAAACUGAAUCUGCUGAAGGAGAUAAGAACACAAGUGAUGAAGCCCACAAAGAACAGGUGGAUAAAGAUAAUUUAGACACAUGCAAAACUAGCAGCGGAAACUCUCCUGGUGAUGACAGUUCUUCUGAGGAAGAGGCAGCAGUAAAACAUCAGGGACCCACCAGAUAUGGAAGAGUCCCCAAACCCACUCCAGCCUUUGCUUAUGCUUGCAAAGAAGAGUCCCACUCCUCUGUAGCUGAAACUACUUCAGCCUCCCAUUCUGCCUCAAAACCCAAACCCAAGUGCGCACCUAAAAGAGGCAAGUCACUGAAGCCACAACCUGACCAAAAGGCCAAAAAACCCAAACUGGUAACUCUCAGGUCCUCCAAUUCAGACUUCAGCGACGAAGAGGAUGACGAGAGGCAAGAUCCAGGUUGCAGCUCCAGUAAAGAUAUGUCUUCGAUUAUGGUUGAUGGCUUGCACACAAUAAAUACUGUGAUUUCAGAAGUGGAUGACCCUAUGGUUGAGCUUGAUAUUUUGGACAGCAUGCCUGAAAUGCUGGGCAUCUCCCAAGAUGCACUGUGCCCUGAUUCAUCUUGUCAUCAGGCACAACAUGAGACAGGCACUGCUGAGGCAUGUGAUCAUCAGUUGGACCUGCUGGUUGAUGUUAUAGACUUUUUUACUUCAGACCAAUUAGAAGCUUCUCAGGAUGAAAGCUAUAAUGAGGCAGCUCAAACCCUCUUGACCAUUUGCAACGCCGGUCACGUUAGUCAGUCAACACAGGGAGAAGCCCCCACGCAAGGUUCCACAUCAGAAACGUCAGCGAUUGGCGAGACCUCAGACCACCAUAAUGAAAACAUUGUGCCUACUGCACAGCAGCAAAGUCCCCCGUCUCCUCUGUCUGCUGCUUGUCCUCAGAAAGAGAGAGGAGUUUCAGAGACUGUUGCCGGCAUGGACCCACAAAAGAGUGAAAUGAGCAGUGGUAACACGUCCGAUGUAAAAACCGGCGAGCAAAUGCGUGACGAGCCGAGGACUGUACAUGAUGAAGAAUCUGAUUCUCACUUAAAGUCUAAGCCACAGAGCUCAAGUAGCAGUUCCCCAUCGACCAAGGCGACGCGGCGUCCUAAAGUGAAGGCUAAACCGAACAUUGUGCGAGCUUCAAGGACGGCACCAACAGCAGCCGAAACGACGGCGUCCAAAGAACAGAAGGCUGAAGAGAGCCACGUGGUUACUCCUGUUGAGACGCCGUCAGCUGUUGAGAAAAGCAGGCCACACACAACAGGCUCUGAUGGGGCAUUGUCAGGAGAUGGCGAUCCAGAAGUUCAACCCACAGAAGAGAAAUCUGUGAAUUCCUUGAUUCCGCAGGGUUGCGGCUUCUCUUUAUCCCAGAGUGAAUCUAGUAGGAACGAGGUUUCCAGAGAUGCAAACCCAACAGAUUACAAAGAUGUAAGCACUGUGCCUCAUGGAGCUGGUGAGACUGAGUUACGCAACUCUUUGAAAUCUGAAUCGGAGGGGGAGCAGGUUGUACAAAACCAAGGCUCGCUUUCAGACCCGUCCCAAGACAGUAACAGCAAACAUCCCCCGCCUGAAAAAAGUCUAUCUGUCAAUCAAAAGAAUACGGAUACCGUUGCACCUAGAAGGAGCAGAUUGUCAAAAGUCAAACCCAACCUUCCACAUAUGUCAAGAGCUGCAUUGAAUAAAUCUCAGAUCAGUAAAGAGACUGUAAAGAAAGACUCGGUUACUACUUUACACACAGAAUCCCAAAAGCAAACCAUAAAGGAUGUGGAAACCCCAUCUACCAGUGUUAAAUUAACAGAGGAGCUCCCUGCAAGGGAGGUAAUGGAAGUAGACUUUGGAGUGGCCCAUCAAGCAGAACAUCAGAAUACGCCUGAGGCCCAGUCCACUCCAGAACCACAAGUGGAACGAGGAUCAGAAGCAGAAUUGAGUACAGCCCCAGAAGAAAGUUGUAGUCCUGCUAGUCGUAUCAAACCUGUUGAAGACAGACCAGCUGAAGCUUCAACGUCGAGGGAGCUCAGAAGGAGCCGUUUUCAAAAGGUUAAACCCAAACCAAAUCUAACACAGACUUCAAGAGCUAUGAAGACAAAGCCUCAAUCGACUGGAGACGCAGCAAUGAAAAGUCCUGGUCCUACUUCAGAAUCACCUACAAAGUCAACAGUGGAGGUUCCCCUGCAAACAGCAGGCUCUGCCACCCCGGAGCAUCAGAUUGCCGCCUCCGGCUGUUCUUUAAGUUUAAAUCCAAUACUGGCUCCGGACUCCAUUCACGUAUCAACAGAGGAACAGUCUGCAAAUGAGAAAAAGACACUUCCUGAACCUGUUGACCAGGUAGACAUGGAGGCAGCAUCGACUCUAAGGGCCACAGAGAACCAGAACUUCAUUAAAGCUCCAGUUGAGCAAAGUAAAAAGCAAACCUCCAGUGAUUCAGAAUUGGUCUCCAAAUUAACAGAUAGUGAUUCAAUAUCUCACAAUGAAACAAGCGAGAUUAGUUGUAAUGAUACAGUGACAUCAGAUGUUAGUCCAACAAAUUUUGACCCAGUCCAAGACCAACUUUGUCAACCUGCUGUGUCUGUCCGACCUGAGGAAGAGCCGGCUGUCUGCAAACCCGAUUGUGAAACUGCAACUGCUGACCUGCCGAGGAGGAAUCGGUCAUCAAGAGUCAAACCCAGACCUAACAUACCUCAAACAUCAGGAGCGGCAAAGGUUAAACCUCAACCAUCAGAAAACCGGUCAGAGAAGAACACAAAUCCUCAACAGUCGGAGGCAGAACCAAACCCGGCAUGUAGCCUGUCUUCUGAAAAACAGCUUGGUCAAGGGUCAAACCUGAAUUCAGGAGCAGAUCUACAGAGAAGCGACCACCCGGCAGCUGGCAUUACAGCCUUAGAGUUACAAGUUAGUCCGAUGGAGGAGAAAGUGCCAGUGCCAUCUGCUCAGCAGUUCAAAAGGAGUCGAACACAAAAACCCAAACCUAAUUUAUCACAGACUUCAAGACUUGCAAGCUCCAAGGCCGAUGAAAAAUGUGAAGUGAAACCCAAACUCAGUGUACAGCAGGCCACCAUAGAGAAGGAGAAGUCUUCUGACAAACAUGCAAGCCUGACACUUCAGGAUGCUGCAAGUAAGAGUACGAGUGUCGCACCAACAGUUGAUUCAGCAUUAACCAGGUUUCCAGAGGGAACCGUUUCAACUAUUGGAGCUUCAGUCCAAGACCAGACUAAAUCUUCUGCUGCAUUAGUGGGGAACUUACAUGCCAGCGAUCAAAAGGAUGAUAAAUCAAAUACAGGAAUCUCAGCAGCCAUGCAGCUUGUAACAAAACAUCAAAGCCCGAACUCUGAAAAGGUAAAAGAAGAGGAAAAUGCUCCACCAAAUGUUGAACACAUCUCAAGUUCAGUUGUCACAGAAAAAACGUUGCCUCAGAGAAGGCAGCGGUUUUCCAAAGUCAAACCCAAGCUUAACGUCGAGGCCAGAUGUAGAGUUGCAGCUAGAAAGCUUCAGUCAGAGGAUCCCAGUAGACCUCUUGAAGACCAGAAACACUCGCUCUCACCUGGUAGGUUGGAGCAAAAGCUGGAUUCUGCUACGGACACAACGUCAAAUAAUGACCCAGCAGACCCUGAUUGUCUUUCACCCGGGGAUUGCAACUUGGAUGUGCCGUUAGCAGUUAACAUCUUGAAUACCCAAACUGGUGCUGCUCCCACAGCAAUUACAGAUGUCCCGUCAGCUUCUAAUGCUAGUCCCUCAGCUCAUGAGAAAGACUCACAUGAGAAAGACUCACCUGUCCGAGGUUAUUUGAUAUUUUCCUUUAAUCGCGCUUUAUUUUACUUUGAAAGCAGUGAUCUAACACCAUCAGAGUUGAACGACUCUUCUAAGAACUCAGGAAAAGCUCCUCAAGCUUCUAGAGGGAGGCUUAUCAAGCCAAAACCCAACCUGCGAUGUAGCAGUCGUCUUCAGCAAGCCCGGGCAGUUAAAAACACAAGCCCAGCAGAAACAGACUCUGGUAGUGCCUCUCGAGCCCUUAGUACCUCUGGUGAUAAAACCCUUGUGUCUGACCGAGGAGCGCACACCCAGGAGCACGAAAAAGAAGACUUUGAGAAACCAAGUAUAAAAGACUCGAGUUCAAAUGAUGCUAAUUCUUCUCGCUGUUGUGUUGAACAAGGAUCUUCUAAUGAGCAUAAAACAUCACGUACCGAGGGGAUUCAGAGAGAUUCACUCCUCUCAGAGCUGGUGCCAGAGCAAGUGCCUUCAGAUCCAGAUGAACCCUUUUUCAUCCUUUCUCUGACGGAGAUCCCAGUCUCCUCAGCAGGGGAAGUGGAAGCGAGGGCAGCUGAAAACCUUGCUUAUCUUCCUGCAACAGGUGGAUCAGGACAACAGUCAAGUGUUUCUGAGGUGAGUUUGGAGGCAGAAGAAGACCAUCCUGAAUGCUCUGUGGAGCCAAAAGCCUCCAACGUCACUCAGCCGGAUAAACCAGUUGGUGACGGUGUAACCGACAAGAAAACUCGUCUGAGAAGCAGAGCCAAAGUUUCUGCUUCUCACGUUUCUGAAACAAGCGUUGCUAAAACGAGGAAUCCCCCGUGUAGAAAAGCAACAAGUAAGAGACAGAGGGGGAAAAGUCCUUCUGCAGAAUCACAGAUGUCUUCUUCAGAAACCAAGGUCUCCACAUCAAAUUUUACUAUCCCCACACAAACAAAAUCAGCAACGUCUGUGGAUGUGCAUGUUGGUCUGAGCUCUGCGUCUACGUCUUUACAUUCCCCGGUGGGGGACGGCGGCUUGGUUGACGAGGAGCCUACAAGUGUGUCGCAGUACUUCCUAAGUGACAUUUUCACAGAGGUUGAAGAGGGAUAAAAGCUGCAAGCUGUUUACAGUUUUUCUUAAUCAAGCAUUUUGUAUUAUUUGUACAAUGGUUUAUUUAAGACUAUUUUUUUAAUUCUUUUCUGCCAGUUUUACUACCAGAUAUAUUUUUGAAACCCUAACAAGCACUUUGGACGCAUACAGGUGAACUGAAUAGUGAUUUUUAAACUUCAGUCAGUUCAAAUGGCAACGUGAAACAAUGCAAACAUGGCUGACAAAACAAAGUAGACUGAAUACCCGGCAGCUGACUGACACAUUAAACACCGAGCCUCAGAUUUCCUAAACUAGUUGUGAAAAUGUAAAUACUGUAAAGUAGAACUGAUUUACCUCUUUACUCCAUGUUUAUACCAUGUUCAGACUUUAAGCCUUGCCAUCGGUCUUAGAAACGUAACUCCUAUUAGAGAAGUCAUAUAUAUAUAUAUAUAUAUAUAUAUAUAUAUAUAUAUAUAUAUCAUUCUGUGUUCUUUAAAAUAAAAAUGUAAUUCUGUAAAUAGGACUCACCCAGCGUUUUGACAUUUUUAUGUUCUUCUGUAGAUGUGUUUAUUGAGUACCUUGUACAGGUGAGGGCCAGUCAGCAUAUUUGAUACUUUAAGCUACUUCUAUGUUUACAUCUUUGAUUGACAGUGUACAUAAUGAUGCCACUAAGGGUUAUGUGUAUGAUUGCAAAAUGUAACAAAUUUAGAACCACUACAAAAUCAGUUACUGCAAAAUAAUAUUGAAUUAAUGCUGUAGAUUUAGUGACUCGUUUGCUUGUAAUUAAGGUUCUGAAACGUGUUAAAAUUUUGAAGACGAUCACCAACAGCAUUGUAGCGUAUGAAGGCUUUAUUCUGCUUUAUCCAAAGCACAACAAUUCAUUGAAUUCUUCAAUAGAACUACAUAUUCAAUUUUGUUACUUUUUGCAAUCCCAUCAUCUUAAUUCUUACUUGGAUGUUAAAGGUUUAGCUGAAAGGAAAACAUGGUGCAAAUAAAACAAGCAUCCAUAAACCAA